ACAUUACUCCAAUAUGUUGAACGCAGUUGACGGUUAAAAUGUUACAUCUACACUACAUAACAAUAAAAGAACUGUAACUUGUAGUUGUAUAUAAUUAAAUCAAAAGAAUUAAUUAUGAAACGCGUGAUGAAGCAUUCCGGGGCAUUAGGUAAAUACAAUUAAAAAUCAUUUAUUAGUAAAGUAUAAUUGUCUUAUUUCCGUAGCCUUUAGACUUAAGAAUCGAUGUUUUGGUACGAUAACUUUCCGACCGGUUUUACUCGAAGGACUGGAUAAACAAAAUAAUAAAAUCAAGAGUGGCUUAUGGAAAAUUCGCCCUUUUCAAAUGAUAAUUAAAAUUAAUUUAAACCAAUUUUUAGUUCAGCGAUAAACUUAUCUUUAAAAAGAAAAAAAAAAGAUAAUAGUUUUAUUGUACAGACAUAUUAUAGAUUAGUUGGUCUACUCUAUUAAUUAUAAAGUAUUAAAUAAAAAUUAAGAUGUGAAAAAUAGUGAAGUCCUUCCUGCUGACCUUGCUAAAUAAUAAUUGCUUAACUUACAUUUUUUACACAAUAGAAUUUGAAUAUGAUAUAAUCUACCUAUGACCUAUGCCUAUGGUAUUAAUUAUAUAAAGCUAAUUAAUAUAGGUCCAACUACUACACUACUAGGGGCCAGAAUUUUAGCAAUUUUUUUAUCGAAGUGUAUAGACAGUAUAGUAUACACGUCCGGCGAGCCAGACAAAUAGUGUGCACAAAUAGUGUGCGUGAUACACGUCCGGCGAACCAGACAAAUAGUGUGCGUGAUAUACGUCCGGCGGGCAUGUUACAGUUACGUGACCACCGGACGACUAGUAUUCCUUAUUAUUCCGAACGAAGUAUCCACUGGAAGAUCUUGUGUGGUCUUGUGGUAGAGCGGUCACUUGACGAUAUUUUGUUAAUGGAUCAAUGCCCAGUGUGAGAUUGUUUUUUUUUCCCAUUUUAAUUAAAAAUAUUUUAUAUUAUAUUUAUAUCAUCAUGUUCAUCAGCAACAGUAGUUUCAUGAGAAGUUUUUAACUAUUUUGUAGCAAUUUAAACAAUUUAAAAUGAAUUCCUUUACCUUUAUUGGUUGCCUACUCCAUACUGGCCCCUAAUUUAUUUUAUGGAUUACUGGUACACAAACUCAAAUAACAAACUAAACAAAAACGUUUACAAGCCACUUUCAAUUAAGUUUUUUUUCUAUGAUUUGCAUUGAAGAUACUCAGUACAUUACUUGGUAGAGAAAUAGAUUUUAAAAUUAACAAUAGUUUUGAAUCAUUCGCGGUCACGUGACAAGGCUGACGGACAAGAUAUCUCUCGCCACUUCGUUUCGGCGGUUAUGUGACUUGGUCGCCGGACAAAUAGUGCGGGAGAUAUACGUCCGGUGCGCCGGACGUGUAGGUGCGCCGGACGUGUAGACACUGCCUUUUUUUAUCCCCUCCCCACUCUUGCAAAAAUCUAAAAACUUUGAAGGACCUCCCUAAUUAAUUAUGUCUUAGUAGGUUAACUGUUUAACCCCUCCGCCCCUCCCCCAAAAGAAAGUAAAAGUAAAUAAAUACUGAUCUUUUUAAAUGCUUAAAAUAUACCAAUAGGCGGGGAACAAAUGUUUAAUUUUUAAACGUUUUUAACAAAUGUUUUUUUUUUAAUAAGUAAAAUCUAUACUAUACUUAGAGACAAGGCUGAUGAGGAUAAGGUCUCAGACUAAUAUUAUCAAUAGUAAAUUUUUACUUUUAUCAUUUAAAAUUAAAAUUGAUUAGCCAAAUGUUCCUCUUCUGCAAUAAUGCAUAGCAAGUGUUAGUUUAAACUAUCAUAAUCAUUGCAAUAUUAUUAUUAUAGAACUCGCUAAUGUUAUCCUUGCUUAGUUAAACUAUUCCAGUAUUCCUGGCUUAAAAUACCAAUACUUUCUCUUUGUGCAAUAGGGAUUAAUUAGAGUUCUAUCUAUAUAAAAUUUAACACAACAAAUAGUUAGUGUAGUCUGUAGUGUGUAGAUUGGUUGCAAACUUGCCUACCACAUGCAGGCUGAUACAUUUGAGAUCUAGUUUGAUUCCUGUUCAGGCCCAGUCAGUAAAAUGCAAAGUUUUAUAUCCUCUUUUAUUUUACUCUAGAUGUUUAAGUAUAAUAAAAAGUGAUAGUAAUUAAAGAAAGCCACCAUCAUCUUAAAUUAAUGAGUUUUAAAAAAUAAAAAGGUAAGAAAAAUCUAUCAAUUUUAUUUUUUUUAAAUGCACUGUCUUAGCUCUUAGUGGAGGAACAUUUGCAUAUUGGUACCAUCGAAAAUAUAACAACUUGACCUUGUUGGCUGAAUCCCCAAAGUGUGAAGAUGAUAUUGUCUACAGUGAUUCCGAUGAAUCAACAAAGGGAAGAGCUAGCGUUCCUUUGGACUGUGCACCAGACGGCACAUUGUUUUUGCAACUGAAACAAGUCCAAGUAAUGUUUCGCCAUGGGGCUCGAACUCCAUUACACACAGUUCCAAAAAUUGAGGAGGUAAAAAUUUCCUAUAAUCAGUUAUGAAAUCUAAAAUAAUACAAUUAUAUCUUGUUAAAGCUGUUAUUUUCAUGAAAUAUUGAAAAGAACAAAAUAUUUUUAACCUGUUAGAUUGAUGAAAGGGAAAAAAAGACACCUUGAGUUUGUCCUGUAAUUUUGUAUCAUUUAUCAACUGCAGUUGAAUGUAACCCUUUUUAUGUGGUUUAUUUUAAAUCAGGCAGAGUAUGACCCACAAUUUCUGAUCAGAGAGCAUCAGCAUACCAAUGUUCCAUAUGUAAGGGUGUCUAGUGUCACAGGAAAGCAAUUGGAGUGGUCUGAUUAUGAACUUAAGCUGAUGAAUAAAAAGCUCAGGGUAAUAAAUUUUACUUUAUUCUUUGAAAGUGUUUCUUAUCUGGAUAAGUCUUUCUGAUUCUCAAAAAAUUAUAGAUUGAUUGGUAUUUAAGAGUUACCAUGGUUUUUGUUAAAUUUUUCUAAAAAAGGUAGAAAGGAAGUUAAGCCUAUUAAAAAUAAUAUUUUUUAAAAUUUAAUAAUAAAUUUGCUGAAUACAACCCAACUUUGCUUUCUUAUUUAUUUCUGGAUUACUUUCAAAAUCCAAACAAGUGUCUUUGUGAUUUUUACAUUGUAAAAUAGAGAUGAUUGUAUCACCAUUAAGUCAAUUUCUACAAUUGGUUUGGAUUUUGUUCCAUCAUUGAGAAAAAUCUCUCACAGUCUGCAUUGCUGUGAGGCAAUGUCAGCAAUCGUUUUCUGUUUGAGAGAUUCAGAUACCUCAGCUUGCCACAGCUUGUUUUCAGGCGCAACACACCAAGCCAAUCUUUGGUGAACAUCUGUAGUUGGAAGGCUUGGUAUGAAACAGUAAUCAUCAUACUCAUCCUUCUUAAUUUGUAGGCCAGCAUCAAAGACCAAUGUGUUUGCUAACCUGCUUAUGGCUGUAUUGGUGUUGUGUCAUUGGAUCUAGCACUUGCAUAGUCUUUAGUACUCUGUUAUCAAAUGGAAACUUUUAACCAUCAUACCCACUGUUGCUGAAUAAAAUUGUCUGAUCUUUUUAAUAAGAACAGUUGUUUUAUCUGGAUGCAUAUCUGAUCUUUCUAUAACUAUAAGAGUUCUUUUGGAGAUGCCAAUGUUAAGUUAAUUGUCAUCAUGCUGCAGAUCACGAUCCAGAGUAAUUCAAUAGCCCCAAAUCUUGAACCUCAUUUAUAUGCUUCAUCUCCACUAAUUUUACACUCCACAAAGGCAUAAUUGUCUAAUGCUAUUCGUUGUUAGGGAUAUUGCAUUUAUUUAAUUAUUUUGUGGCAAUUGAAAAUAAAAACCACUUACUGACACUGCAGGUCUAGCUAGGUAUAACACAAAAUGGAUUUGUAAUUAUUGAUUACUGCACUAAGUUGUUACUGCUGUGCAACACUGUCUAUUUAAGAAUGAUAUCCAUGUUCAAUAUUGUAUCAUGAAGAUACUGUAAAAUGAAUGGCAAAUCUCACUAAGAUUCUAUAUUUAGAUGGCUGACCCAUUCCCAAAUUUUGGGACAAAUGUCAAUCUGAUGGCCCAAUAGGAUUUAAGAUUCCUUCUCUAUUGAUCUCGACGUUAUUAAGUGUAGUUUGAAUUUUAAAAUAUUUUUUGGCGAGUGCAAAUUAUUUUUUUUUCUAAAUCCAGUUAAAACUGUAUAAAGUCCUUUACGAUCCUAAAAUGGGAACAUAUUUAAAACCUGCACAAAGGGAUGGUAUGAAUGGAUAAGGGCAUCAAGACUAGGAGAGAGAAGGCAGAAGGGUAAAGAAACAUUUAUAAAAAAAUACAGGAAGACUUAUUUUAGUCUGUUCUUUUGUUUUACAAAUGUAUUUACACAGGAGCAGUUGAUAUUAGCUUACAUUGUUUUAUGAUUUUGUAUACAGGGUGGGGCAUGUUGUGGUGCCCUUACAAGUUAUGGCAAAGAUCAGGUGUAUCUUUUGGGGAAAGAUCUAAGGACGUGCUACAAAGAAAGACUGAGUUUAACUGAUUACAGUCCUUGUGAAGUCAGGUAGGAUUGAAGGCAUUCAAUAUUGAAGCAUUUCAAAUAUUUCAAUAAUGCAAAAUUAUUCAGGAAAAAUUUAAAUAAUAGAUUAUGCAAAGCUGUUUCUUAACAAUUGAAGGCAUAAAUGCUAAAAAUACCAAUGUCACAAAUACACAAUUUGAGAUAAUCAAUUUCAAAUAUUCUUUUCGUCUAUAAAAUGUGAUCAUUUUCAUAUUUUGUCUUGUUUAAUUGUUCAAAUUUCUGUAGCACACAGGCACAUUUUAAUGUGUUCAAAUUUCUAUAUUGCACUUGGCUAAACCGGAUAAGAAAAGGUCACAGUUUAUAUUGAUUUUGAAAAAAUGUGACUAACAUACUUUUAGGGUCUUCAGCUAUUCAUUUGACACUGUUGCUUGGAAUUUUUAAGUUAAAAUUAAAAGACAUGAAUAUUUACUUUUAGACUCUUUUUUUUUUUUAUUCAGUAAAGGAAAUUUUGAGCAAUGAUCUAUUGUCUCAAGCUAAUAUCAACCACAAAAACAUCAAGAACUAACAAUGUGGUUGAGUAACUUAAGUAACAACAUUCUAAAAGUAUUGUUAAUCUAAUAUUUUCCAAAUUUAUUAUAAUUUUGAACUCAAAUUAUGUGCUCAAAUCCAUUUAUUUCAGUGUCAUAUCCAGUAAUAUAAUGAGAACAGUUGAAUCUGCCCGAUGUGUUCUGGCAGGCCUGUUUGGCAAGGAGAAUCUACUCGAAUACGGUAAUGGAGAAAGAAAAAAAAAUUUAUAUCUUACACUUUUAUAGAUAAAAGUAUACGUUUUUAAAUAAAUUAGAAGAAUUAUUUUGAUUAGAAGAUUUGCUAAACAAAAUAGGGAAAAAUCCAGGUUCGACUGUCAUUAAUUUUUUUAAAUUAUCAUUAACUAGACCUUAAAAUCAUAAUUUUCUGGCAAAACUGCUGUGAUAAUCUUUUUUUUUUUUUUUUUUUUUUUUUUUUUUUUUUUUUUUUUUAUUUUUUUUUUUUAUUUUUUUAAUUUUUUUUUUUUUUUUUUUUUUUUUUUUUUUUUUUUCUGUUUUUUUUUUCAAAUUGCUUUUCUGAAUGUUUAAAAUAUUUUGUUAAUUUCUGUUUUUUUUACUUUCAGUUGCACGUGCCAAACUCCCCAUUAAAGUUUCUGUGGCCAGUGAUGACUACAACUUUCUGAUUCCGGACACCAACAACUGUGCUGUUCUGAAAAAGAUGAAUCACUCUGCAAUGUUGCAUUCGGAUUUUAUACCAAAUAUGAAGAGAGACAGGAUUGAAGUGGAGGAUCGUAUCAGUGAGUGCAAAGAGGAAAAAAAAUAUUCGAAUUAUUUGGGGUAAAGUUUAAACACUUUCCAAAUUUAAUGUAUUAAAAACUAAAUGCCUCCUGAUAUUUAUCUAUAACAACUAUAUCAGUUACUAUUAUCUUCUGUCUUAACAAUCGGUUGAGGCUUUUUCAGUUGUUGGUUAUGUUUAUAAAACUGUCUUGCUCACAUUCAUCUCUUUGAGGCAUAACUUGCCUCUUGCUGUCAUCGAUUAACAGAUGCGCCUCGUGAUGAACUUUUGGAACAUGUUAAGGAGGAGCAGCACCUGAUUGAUCAGCAGUUGGCUAUUUACCAGGUCACUGGUAGACAACACAUUGUACCCAUGUUGAAUGAUUUUAGGGAAAUGUAUCAAUAUGACCCUGUCUUGAACCCAUUGUACCAGAAAAGAAAUGAGAGCAUUGAGAAAAUAGACAGGUUUUGGUCAUCUGUUGUAUCCUUUCAAAAAUGAUCACGUGUUAUAAAAUACUGGGCCGUCAGUUUUAUCAGGAAUAAUAGGAAUAUCCAGGAGAAGGCUUAUUUUCUUUCCCCCAUGGUGUCAUUAAAGCAUCACUCAUUAUCAGUUGAGCAUGCAAAAUUCUCAUUUCUUUUACAGCAAUGGUUCCUAAACAGUGGGGCAUGACUCCCUAGGGGGGUCUCUGAAAGCUUAGUCAUUAUCAUUAUAUGUACCAAUGUUAACCAUAUCAUAUUUAUUAAAGUGAACAUUUUUGUUCCACAUAUAUUUCUACAUAAUUUAGUGGAUAUUGACCCAAAUUGUCACAAAAACCCUUCAUUAGCCAGAAUGAAAAAUAAAAAGGAGGGUUUUUUAAUUUUUCAAAAUCUCCAAUUCGGUGCCAUGGGCCAAAAAUUCUUAGUUUCCUUAUAUGAGCUAUAAGUACAAAGGCUUCUGCAUAAAUGAUAAAUGGAUUGAUCUAGACCAAACUUAGUACACAUACAUUUGAUUAUUCCUAUUUAAAUACUUGUGGGUUCUGAACUCAUAAUAUUUACUCCUUUGAGGCUGGGGUGCCUAAAUUCAUUUUUCCUUAAAUUAUAUAAGCUAUGUAAAUAAUAGUGGGCUUAGUUAAUUUAUAGACUUCUACAUGAAAUGAUCAAUCUAGGACAAACUGGGCAGUGAUACCCUCAUAAUCCAUAAGUAAUUAUUGGUCAAUUAAACCUAAUAAUAUCCACUAAUUUUGGCCACAAAGGCUAGAUCACUGUCAUUUGUAACCAAUUUUAAUGGUACAACUUUUAAAUUUUUUGCUCCAUAAUUUAUAUGAAUGAUUUUUAUGGAACCCCACAGCUUAGGCAGGCAUUACUAAAACGGCACUUGAAGGAUAGGCCUUCUCGGGCCCCUCUUCAACUUUAGUGAAAAACGGUAAACAAAUAAAGUUUUUUAAUUAUCCAAAUUAAAAUACCCAUAAGUCUGGAUUUUUAAAUAUCUGCGCCCUUGGGGGCUGUAAUAAAUUCCACAGGGAAUAUUUUUGGCAAAAAAAAAUUAUCAUAUAAAUAGCUUUUUUAAUGAAGAAAAUUUUGAUUAGUUUUUUAGCAACCUGUGUUUUUCUUACAGGACCCAUAAUUUCAAUGUUAGCCUUUUCUGAAUGCAAUCCCAGGCAAUGUCGGGUAUUUGGUUAGGUUUUAAUAAAUCGUAUGUGCACAUAUUGAAGCAGGAUGACCAGAAUUUAAUCUAGAAAAGCCAUCAAGAGAAAUAGAUCAUUCAUGCAUGUGACACCAAGUGUUUCAUCUGGGAACUCAACUCUUAGUAUUAAGUGGUUUGAUUUUGUUAAAACCAGCAGCUCUGCCAUUGCCCAAUGUAACUAAUAUCUGUAAUGUCUUAAAGUGUUUUGUCCUUGACGCAUGACUAGAUGAGGCGCCAUCCCGCACUAGGUGAGAGUUUGACACAAGAUGACCUCAAAGCCCUAGUUUACCUACGAAAGUUUGAAGUGGAGGAGUUUCAAGGGAAAUUUGCCUCUGGUUACAGAUUCCAUUUUGUCAGUUUAUUUCCAAAUCCCAAUCCCUUAAUGUUAGUUUGUUGUGUUUAUGUGGUAUUUACAUGUAUGUUACGAUCAUUGUCAUGGUAGAUGUAAUUCAUAUGUUAGGAUCAUUGUCAGAGUGAAUGAUGUAAUACAUGAAUGCUGUGACCAUUGUCAGGGUAGAUGUAAUACAUGUGCUAUGAUGAUUGUCAGGGUAGAUGUAAUACAAAUGUUUUGAUCAUUGUCAGGCUAGAUGUAAUAUAUGCAUGUUAUGAUCUUUGUCAGGGUAAAUGUAAUAUAUGUAUGUUAUGAUCUUUGUCAGGGUAGAAGUUCUGUCCCCUUGCUCUUGAGUGAGCCCUUUUCACCCAUCAUAUACACAGGAGAUUACUUUGCUAAUUGGAUAGCAAAUGGGCGUUAUUUAAGAUAAAGAUUUUCAAUGCAUCAGUUGCAAAAAUUAUUGUUAUAAUACAUCAGGUGUAAAAAAAUAUCGCCAGCAAUAAUUUGAUGUUUAUUUAAAUUUUUUAACUUAUUUACUUUUACUUUUUUCCCCCAGCAUUUUGAUGCCAAUCCCUAUUUUCACAAUAAACAUCUGUGUAAAGUGGUCUACACUAAAAUACACGCCAAGGCCAAACCAUCAAAUCGUAUUCCCAUCAUGUGGAAGGGAUCAGAGGUAAGAGUUCAUCUACUUAAAAUAUAACAUUUCUAUGAAUUGGUUUCAAACUAAUUUAUGGGCUGGUAAUCAAUAAUUAUUUCUGUAGUUUGUCAGACUUAAUAUGAAAUUUCCCAGAACUCUAACAAAAAUCAUGUGCAUUUAAUUUCUUUGUUUAAAAGAACCCCCCAAGAAAUAUUUAUUUACAAAACAGUUUUACUUUUGAAAAAAAUCAGAGAUUAAAAAGAAAGUAUGUGUUAAAACUGACUACCAAGUCAAGCAGAAAUUGAAAUCCCUUUGUAGUAUGGAAAUAUUUAAAAUUAUGUAUAUCUGUGGGACCUAGAACUUGAACAUAAUUAUCUUUUGGUCUGUUGAAAAAAAAGGACUUGUGGCUGACCCAUCUUCUGGCAUCUCUACUUCUCACCACAAUGUUUUGUGAUAUUUUAUAACUAUUUUUAAUUUAAAAUUUCAGUGUCUUGUGCCUUCUGAACAAAAAAAGGAAGAAGAGAGAGUCAGUUCCCCUUGCUCUAAAAGAAAUGAAGACAAAAGCGAUAUCAAGUAAGUUGAAUUAACUAGUUGAAUGUUCUGUUUACCAGUAUUAACAAUCCAUGAGUUCAUGAAUUUUAUUCAAGUUCUUUGUUUCUAAAACUGAAAGCAUCAAUUGUUUUAAAUAUAACUUCAUAUUUUCAUACCUUUUUUUUGUGUUUUUUUUUUAAUGGGACAUUAUGUUCCAAAAAUUCAUGACUUUUUGAAGCUGCUAUAUUACGUAUGGGGUGAGAACUGCACUGCAAUCUUUGUUUUAAGGCUUGCCAGAGGGAUGUCUUUCAGGGCCGGUCUGACGGUUGCUGGCGCCCUGUGCAAACUUAACUUUGGUGCCCCUUUUAAUAUGUUUAAUCAUUAAAGGAAAAAACUAGUUAUUCGGUAAUGAGUUUAUUUCCUAUUUUUUUUUUUAUUGUUUGUUAAAAAAAAAAAAAACACACAGGUAAAAAACUCAUUACCGAAUAAAUAGAUUUUUUCCUUUAGGGUUUAUACUUAUAAGGGGCGCCAAAGCUAAGCCUUGGGUAAACUUUCGCCCUGUACGAAGCACCCGUUCAGCGCCCUCUUCCCUGUCCCUGUAUCCAAAUUAAGAAUGCAGCUAUCAUUGUAUGGAAACUCAUAGUAUGAAAAGCGAUUGUACGAAAGGUUAGAAUACCGUUUCUCGAACCUGGACCCGAGGUUCACACUUCACUAUAAUAAACUAAGGGAAUUUAAAUAUUUACUGGGUGGCCCAGGUGCACCUAUGGCCAAGGUGCCCUGUGCGAAGGCACAGGUCGCACACCCUCAAGGUCGGCCCUGUGUUUUUUGUCAACAAUUUCCCCAACUUUUUAAAUUAAAAAAAAAAAAGAAUGGAUUUGUUAACAUGAUACUAUAAAUUAUUUAUCUUUAUGUGGAAUUCCAAAGAUCUGAAACCAAAGAUCCCAAACAGUGCCAUAAGUUCUGUGGUGCCUACUGUCGAAAAAAGGACAAGCCCCUGCCUUCAUUCUUUGAAUGGUAUUCACAACCGGUCUAUAAUGAUUUAGAUAGAAUAUGGAAAGUACUUGCGGAUGUCUAUGCCAAUCCUGUCAAGUAUCUGGAGGUUAGUCAUUUACAGGAUGGUCAACUUGCAUGAGGUAACCAUAAUGCAGGCAAAAUUUUAUUUUUCCACUAAAAAGUAAUGAAUUAAAUUUUUUUUUUAAUUGCACCCCAAAAUAAAUAAAUUCUUUUUACUUUUUAGCACUUAGAAAUAUAUACACAAGAUUUAUUUUUUUUUAAAAUCAAAUUUUGAUUAUUUUAGUGUUCAAUUUCUUUGAGUUUUGACAGUUUUUAAGUCCUAUGUGAAUGCAGUUCAACUUAAAUGUAUUUGCAGGAGCAACCAAAAAUCAAGGAUGCUUGGGACCAUCCUUUUAACUUUGUGUUUGGAAGGGAUGAUGUUGUCGCCCGUGUUGUGAGUAUCAAAAUGUUGUGCCUCUAUUUUAUGACAAACACUGAUGUUGCCACGAGGUCUGAUUUUGAUACUUUUCCUGAGGUUUGAUUUUGAUUCUUGUCCAUGAUGCCUUAAUUGUUAUCAAAGAUGACUUAAGAUAAUUAAGCAAGCUGUAACAUCCAGCCCUUAGGAACCCCAGCACAUUGCUUCACCCAGGGCAUCAGGGCUGUUGAAACAGAUGUCGUUAGAAUUGCACCAUAGUUCUCUCCUGAAUCUCCAAAAUGCCUAUAUAUAAGAAUAACAAUUUUUUAACACACAGCUUUCAUUAUUCAUGAAUCAUAGCAGGUAAACAUUUCCACCAUUUAUGCUUCAAACUCUCUCAUCUCAGACUCAAUAUUUGAGGAAGCGUUCAGUUAUUACAUGAAAUAUUAACAAUCAGUUUUUGUAUUAAAUAACAACUUUAAAUUGUUAGUUCAAUAAUUUUCCUUCAACUUAUUUCUAAUAUACUAAUAGUAAAUUAUUAUAAAAAUGUGUUGUUCAUGAAAUGUUAUAAAGCUUUGUUGAUUUUUUGUUUGUGCACAUCUGUUGGUCUUGCUUAUAUUUUUUAUUUACAUCAAGUGUAUCUUAUUGUAUGAAUAAUCUGUAGUUGAUACUAGAGUAGGAUUUAGGUGAAUCUUUAUUAGGCCUGAUAAUUUAUUAUUUUUCAAACAAUGAAGAUGUUUUUAUAAUUAUAUAAGCCUAGUUUUUAUGGUACAGUAUAUAGAAAGUUAAUUUUUUUUAUUUCCCAGACUCAUGGUAAUAUUUAUCCAGUUAUACUUGAACCGUUCAAAGAUCAGAUAGAGGAGAAUGCCACAAAACUGAUGUAUUAUGCCAUGACUGGCCAGCAUGAUCAACAGAGGCAGGUUGUCACCCAGUUGUCUGCUGGUCCACUCAUGACAGAGGUUACAUCACAGUGUGAAAAGUUCAUGAAAGGAAAGUAAGUUUUUGAGUAGAUCCUUUUUAACCUUGUCGGAAUUGUUGUUCAGCAUUCGCCAGGAAUAAGACUGACCAACUGUACAUGAGAUAGGUGGACGGAAAUUUCAAGGGAGUUUAUUUCUUUUUAAUAUCGAUUAAUUAUGAAUAAUGAAUUUCAAGAUAAAAAAUAUUAUAUCAUUUUAAUCUCUAAAAAAAAUUUUCUGUUUGCAUUAUAUUUUAGAGGCCACAAACUCUGUCUCUAUUCUACGCAUGAUUCAACACUGACUGCUGUGCUACAAGCAUUGGACAUUUGGGACAACGCGUGGCCACCUUUUGCAGCUGAUAUACGAUUUGAGCUGUAUAAGGAAUUAGAUAGUGAUGAGUGGUAUGUCAGAGUUCUCUACCUCGGAAAGGUAAGCUCAUACUAAUGCAUAUGUUUUGUAGCAUAUAUUCAUCAACAAAUUUAGAAGUAUAAAGUUGGCAGGACCCAUUAUUGUUACUUGUCAUUUUUUUUUUUUUCUAAAAUAAUCCAUCUUAUUUCUUUAAUGGGUAAUAAGAUUUACUUAAUUUUAAAAAUUUCAUAAAAAUAAAAAAAAAAUAUAAUUAUAUCUGUUUAAAAGUUUUUCACUCACACUUCCCCUUUUUGUCUUUAACCACUUCAUUACCAAUGAUGUCGACACGACGUCACAGUCACCCACUUUCAAUUACCAAGGACGUCACAUCGUCAUCGUAAUAAAAAUUUAAGAACUUUUCUGAAAUACCAAGGACGUCACAUCGACGUCAAAUUUCAAUGCUAUAUAUUUCCUUAUUCGUUAAUCUAUAGAGAAGUUAAAAAGCAAAUCAUAUAGAGAAUGAAAUAUACCGAAAAUUUCAUCUUUUAAGUUUUUUGUUGCUUAGUCAGCAAAAUCGAUUUCACCAAAAACAAAACAAAAAACAAAAAAAAAACGUAAUGAAGUGGUUAAGGAAAGUUUUUAUUUUCUUGUUUUAACAGGUAAAAAAGAUUCGAAACCAGACAGAAGACUAUAUACACUGGAGUGAGUUUAAGAGAGCUCUCAACUGUUAUGUAAUCAAUCAGCCCAUGUACACUCGAAUUUGUGCAUCAAAUAUACUUGAGCGGAUAGCUAAAGGUAAUUUAUUAUCUUCUGGGUGGUUUUUUGUUUUAUAAUCAUAAUGAUUUUUCGCCUGUCAUGAUGCUACUAUUAGAAUAUUUCCAGUCAGUGCAUGCUAUGCACAUCAUUGUCUUUUUUUUCUUUUAAAAUUUCUAUUUAAGUUUAAGCCAUGCAUUUUUAAAGACUUGAACUUGAACAUUAAAACUUGAUGAUAAACCAGGUUAUGAGAAAUAGAUAUCUUUGAUAAUAUAUCAUGGUAAUGCUGUUUGAUUCAAUAUGGGAAAACAAUGACAAACCUAAGAGAUAAGACUGACUGCUUUUUUUUGAAAUAUCACAUUUUUUAAAUAUAUUAUUUAAUUUUCAAUAUGAGAUGCACAAUGCUGUACUUGGAGAGGCUGUAGUGUAAAAAUAAUUAUGUUUAAAAUACAAAUAAGGAAGCUAUAGGUCUGUCAUAAUCAUCAAUGGCACAACAGGGCGCGGGCAGGCUCCUUAACAUCAUACCACUCAGACUGCUCCAUGACCUUUCAUUUCAAUCUUUAGGUCUACAUAGGAUUAUGAAUUUUUAGUGUUAUGAUUAUUAAUGGAUUCAUCAAUUAAAAUCAUUGUUUUGAGAAUUACCAUCUCUUUUGUGUCAUCUUGUCAAUUGUUUUCCCUGUCAUCCCACGGAACAUGUUUUGGUAGCUCCUCGAACAUUUUUAGAAAUACCUGUCACAGGUGGGAGGGUUGACAUUUUUCUUUUAGACUGAUAUAUAUAUAAGUAGGUCUAUCAAGGCUCCCUGUACAUUUAAGCUGAUCUGGCAAUGAUGCAUUUUGGCUGUAACAGUUAUUUAAUGUCAGGUAUCUUUUUAUCACUUGAUUUACUGGCCCUAUCUUUUCUUUAGAUAUAGUAAGAGAAGAGGAUGAAACAGAUGAUGAUUCAACAGAGAGCAAAGAAGAAUCAGAGACACCAGCUGGGAUGUAAAGUGAAGAUCAGGUAUGCAGCAAUGAUCUGUUCAAAGGUACCUAAAAUUAGAAUAAAGUUAACAAUAGAUUUUGUAAAAAUCAUAUAAUUCUAUAAUUAAUGAUGACUAAACCCCAAUACUACCUCUCACUACUUGGAUUGCUUCUUAAUUUAUUUAUUUUAUUUUAGGAUUUGCCAUCUUAUUAGAAAAAUUGUUUUAAAAGCAUGAUUGGCUGCCCAUUUCAACAAAUAGGCCCCUAUCCCACUAUUGUAGAGUUUUAUCCUACACACACACAAAGUAGAGGAUUGCUCCACAGCCUUUGUUUUUAACAUUGAACUUAAAGAAUGUUUCUUUGCAUGUAGCUUAAGGCCAAGUUGAGUUAUGUUUUAUCUUGCUGAAUUUGAUCCAGCAUUGAAUUCUGGUAGUACUACUAAUUUUCAAACAUUAAAAAUAAAACUAUCAAUUUUGUGUUUACCGCGUGCAAAGUGUAAAAAUGGAAAGGAUUUUAAAAUAAAUUAAAAUCAAGACUCAAUAAAUGAUUGUUUAACUUUUUUAUCUUUCCAGUGAUACAGUCCAGCC